AUGAGGGAGCCUCACCCAUUGCCCUUGGUCGAUGAACUUCUGGGAUCAGUCGAUGGGGCAACCGUUUUCUCAAAAAUCGACGUUAAGGAUGCCUACCAUCAACUAGAGAUCUCUCAGCAAUCGCGUCCAAUCACCACCUUUAUCAUGAAAACCGGUUUAUACAGAUACAAGAGACUAAUGUUUGGGGUGUCGUGUGCUCCUGAGAUUUUCCAAAAAACUAUGGAAACAGUACUGGUAGGGUUGAAAGGAAUUAUAAUAUACCUUGACGAUAUUGUGGUGUUUGGUGCCUCCAAAAUAGAACAUGACAAGCGGUUAGAGGAGUUACUCAAGAGAUUGGAACAAUAUGGGGUACUCCUGAACCACCAAAAAUGUGUGUAUCGUGCAAACGAGAUUGAAUUCCUCGGCCACGUGCUAAAUGCCAAUGGUGUGAAACCCACCGAAAGUCGGAUCACAGCUAUAAGAAGCUUUCGAGAGCCGAAGAUUGCCUAUAACUACGAGACCAUCUACGAAUCUGGCUCGAAUAAUCUGGCCGAUGCACUUUCUCGAUUGUGCGUAAUUCCACCUAAAGCCUUUGAUCACUCAACCGAAAUGCAUAUCCAUCGAAUGGUGCAAUCUUGUGUUCUGGACGCUGUUGUACUGAAGGAUAUUGUGGAAGCGACCAAGAAAGAUGGAACCCUUCAAGAAGUCCUGCUAUCUUUGGAGAUGAAUACCUGGACAGAAAAUACUAGAGGGUAUAAACAGUUCAAGCCGGAACUACACACGGCAGGAGGAGUUGUCAUGCGUGGAGAUCGCCGGGUGAUUCCAGAGACUCUUCAAGCUCAGGUUAUUGCUUGUGCCCAUGAGGGACACCCAGGGAUGAGCUCGAUUCGUGGAGGUGGUGAUAAUAAGGCAAACCCUUGCGGAACUUGCAGUACAGGCGUUAUACGAAACAUUUUGUCGGUUCGGUUUCCCUGA